AUGGCAUUCGUGAAGAUGCAGGAUGCUGCGCCAAAGCCCGAACUGGACCCCUUCGCCAGUCUCAAACCGCCGCCUCCUUCAGUCCAAAGCGAGAAAGGAAAACCUCCCAGGCUACGUGGUCCAGGCCCGAGGAAGAGGAACAAUCGCAAUGUCAGUCAAUCAAUCACACCUGGAGCUACGUUCAGCUGGGUUACGAACGGUAAACUUGUCAUGGAGCUUGUCAAUGGCAGAACGGCGUAUUACUUUAUGUCCCACGAUGGUCAUGUGAUAGGUGUCUAUCCUGGCGUUUGGAGUUGCCCCCCUGUGUUUCAAUGGUAG